AUGCUACUUUCAAAGUUACUUCUUGUAGCCCUAGUCAGCGGCUCGGCUCAGGGCGCCAUUCUCGAGAAGUUGUUCCAGAAACCAAGCAAGGCUCCGGCUUCAAGCCAGAAGCAGAAGCCCAUCUCGACUGUUUUGCCCACUUCUGUCAAGGAGCCCAAAACUUCCCUUGAACCGACUUCAAUUGUUUUGCUGUCUCUGAUCAGCUCAAAAGAGUCGAAAAAGUCAACCGUUGCUCCAGUACCAACCACUUCAGAGGAACCAAAGCGUAGCCGCCCCGCUACUCCAACGACUUUGACCACCAUUACUCUGGUGUUGCCAACUUUUACUAGUGCUCCAAAAACAAGCCAGGAAGAAACGCUGGUUCCCAAGACCACUAGUGCAAAAGCUACUAGAAGUCCAAAGAGUACACCUACUAAGGAAACAACGCCAACAGUUCAACCAACGAUGCCUACUUCGAAAGCACCAAAGACGAGCCCCAAAAAGACAACCACGCCCACCGUCCCAACUCCAACCACGACUCCAACUCCAACUCCAACUACAAGUCCAACAGUUCAACCAACAGUGCCUACUUCGAAAGCACCAAAGACGAGCCCCAAAAAGACAACCACGCCCACCGUCACAACUCCAACCACGACUCCGACUCCAACUCCAACUACAAGUCCAACAGUUCAACCAACAGUGCCUACUUCGAAAGCACCAAAGACAACCACGCCCACCGUCACAACUCCAACUAUAAGUCCAACCACGACUACGACUCCAACUCCUACUACAAGUCCAAGUCCAACUACGACUACGACUCCAACUCCAACUACAAGUCCAAGUCCAACAGUUCAACCAACAGUGCCUACUUCGAAAGCACCAAAGACAACCACGCCCACUGUCACAACUCCAACUAUAAGUCCAACCACGACUACGGCUCCAACUCCAACUAUAAGUCCAACAGUUCAACCAACAGUGCCUACCUCCAAAGAAGCAAAGCCUACGCAGCCUCCACGUCCUUCCCCAACUUUGCCCGUGCUUCCAACUCCUCCACGCCCUAUCAUACCAAGAAACCUGACCACAACUAUUGA